AUGGGCCGGCUGCUGCGGGCUGCCCGGCUGCCGCCGCCGCCGCUGCUGCUGCUGCUGCUCCUGCUGCUGCUGGCCGGGGGAGCCUCCCCAGGCGCCAGGGCCUCUGGGUCUGAUGAACCCAGCCCAGAGGGCCUCACCUCCACCUCCCUGCUGGACCUGCUGCUGCCCACGGGCCUGGAGCCGCUGGACGCAGAGGAGCCCAGCGAAGCCAUGGGCCUGGGGGCUGGCCUGGGAGCCCCCGGCUCGGGCUUCCCCGGCGGAGAGAGUGAAGAAUCCCACAUCCUGCAGCCGUCGCAGUACUUCUGGGAGGAAGAGGAGGAACUGAACGACUCCAGCCUGGACCUGGGCCCCACUGCAGAUUACGUCUUCCCAGACCUGAGUGAGAAGGCGGGUUCCCUGGAGGAUGCCGACCCACCUCGAGAGCUGCCAGGCCUCCCCUCCGCCUUGCCCAAAAUGAAUCUGGUCGAGCCUCCCUGGGGCAUACCUCCUGAAGAGGAGGAAGAAGAGGAGGAGGAGGAGGAGGAGGAGGAGAGGGAGAAGGAGGAGGUAGAAAGACAAGAGGAAGAGGAGGAGGAGGAGCUGCUUCCCGUGAGUGGAUCCCCAGAAGAAGCAAAGACCCCUGCCCGUGCCGCUCCUCCCAGCAGCAGCCAGACUCCAGGUGUCCCCCGGCCCGGGCCUGAAGAUUCCGGGGACCCGGCCUCGUCCGGUGUGGAGGCGGAGAGCAGCGUGGAGCCCAGCCCACCGCCACCCUCGGUCACGCCCAGCGCAGUGACCGUGGGGCACGAGGACCUCGAGGAGGAGGCCGGGGCCACCAUGCUGCCGGCCACCGGGCUCGGGGCGGAGUUUGAGGCUCCCAGGGGAGCCAGUGAGGAGACCACUGUGGGGGCAGCCAGCUUUGCUGGCCAGCCAGGGACAGGGCCGUCCUUGGCUCCUGCCCCUCAGACUGGAGCCCCGUGGGGGUCUGAUGCCCCAGAGGAAAAUCUCCGUCCGCCUGCAACUCUGGCCUCGUUCCCACUGGCUCCUCCAGAUGUGGAACCCACACCUUCUUCUGCCUCAGGGCAAGAUCUGAGCCAGCUGCCCCAGGAGGGGCAGGCGGCUGAAGCUGCCUCCAGGAUGCCCUGGGACUCGACUCAGGUGAUCUGCAAGGACUGGAGCAAUCUGGCUGGGAAGAACUACAUCAUUCUGAACAUGACUGAGAACAUAGAGUGUGAGGUAUUCCGGCAGCACCGGGGGCUGCAGCUCCUAGCCCUGGUGGAGGAGGUACUGCCACGCCACUCGGGGCACCACGGGGACUGGCACAUCUCCCUGAGCAAGCCCAGCGAGAAGGAGCAGCACCUGCUGAUGACGCUGGUGGGCGAGCAGGGGGUGGUGCCCACCCAGGACGUCCUCUCCAUGCUGGGUGACAUCCGCCGGAGCCUGGAGGAGAUUGGCAUCCAGAACUAUUCCACCACGAGCAGCUGCCAGGCGCGUGCCAGCCAGGUGCCCAGCGACUACGGGACGCUCUUUGUGGUGCUUGUGGUCAUUGGUGCUGUCUGCCUCCUCAUCAUUGUGCUGGGCCUGCUCUACAAUUGCUGGCAGCGCCGCCUGCCAAAGCUAAAGCACGUGCAGCCUCUCGCCCCGCCGCAGUCGCACGGCGAGGAGCUUCGUUUCGUGGAGAGCGGCUGCCACGACAACCCCACGCUGGACGUGGCCAGCGACAGCCAGUCGGAGAUGCAGGAGAAGCAGCCCAGCCUGAACGGGGGCGCCGCCGUCAAUGGCCCGGGCAGCUGGAGCGCGCUCAUGGGGGGCAAGCGGGACCCCGAGGACUCGGACGUGUUCGAGGAGGACACGCACCUGUGAGCUUGGCCGAGGCCCAGGCGGAGCUGACCGGAGGCUCCCUGCGCACCGGGCCACGGGCUCGUGCCCAUGGGGCUGCGCCGGGGCCCCGAGGGCGGACUCCAAAGUGGACAGCAUGGAGCCCGUAGUGGCCCCGCGUCCCCAGCCGCUCCGGACGGCAAUCCCGGCAGCCUCGCUCCUG